AUGUCCCUGCGGAUCGCGAUCCCCGCGGGAGAUUCCCGGUUCCCAUUUCCCCCAGGGCCGGGGGCGGACCCGGGGCAGCGCGGGAGGGAGAUGGGGGCAGAGGGCGCGGCCGACGAUGCUGCGAUCGCCGUCGGGGCCGCCCCGUCGAGGCCCGCCGCCUUCCAUCGGGCCGCCAAGGUGGCGUGGCGGCUGCCCAGGCGCUACGUGGUGGUGCUGCGGGCCGGCAGCGGUGAGGCCGAGGUGCGCGGCACGGCGCGGGCGCUGCAGCUGUGGGCGGCACGGCGCGGGUACCCGAGCGAGCUGCUGCACGUCUUCUAUCUGCUGCCCGCCUUCCUGGUGAAGAUGAGCAGCGACGUCCUGGACGUGGCGCUGAAGCUGCCGCAUGUGGAGUUUGUCGAGGAGGACGCGUACGUCUUCGCGCAGAGCAUCCCCUGGAACCUGGGCAGGAUUGUAUCACUGCCGCCUGGCACGGGCACCUACAGCCCUCCCAAUAAAGGCGACAAGGUGCAGAUCUACUUGCUGGACACCAGUGUGCGGAGCACCCACCGGGAGAUUGCAGGCAGGGUACUCGUCACCGACUUCCAGAAUGUCCCCGAGGAGGACGGCACCCGCUUCCACAGGCAGGCCAGCAAGUGUGACAGCCACGGGACCCACGUGGCCGGGGUGCUGAGCGGGCGCGAUGCCGGCGUGGCCACGGGCGCACACAUUCACAGCCUCCGUGUGCUGAACUGCCAGGGGAAGGGCACCGUCAGCGGGACACUCAUUGGCCUGGAGUUCAUCGGGGCGUCGCUGGAGGCUCAGCCCAGCACCCCGCUGGUGGUGCUGCUGCCCUUUGCCGGUGCCCACAGCCGUGUGCUGAACGCCGGCUGCCGGCGGAUGGUGCGGAUGGGGGCGGUGAUGGUUGUGGCCGCCGGGAACUACAAGGAUGACGCCUGCCUGUAUUCACCUGCAUCCGAGCCGGAGGUGAUCACGGUUGGGGCCACUAACCGCGAGGACCAGCCAGCCUCCAUCGGCACGCUGGGCACCAACUUUGGCCGCUGCGUGGACCUGUUCGCCCCGGGGGAUGACAUCAUUGGUGCCUCCAGUGACUGCAGCACCUGCUUCACCGCGCAGAGCGGCACGUCGCAGGCGGCUGCACACGUGGCAGGCAUUGCAGCCAUGCUGCUCAGCGCCGAGCCCCACCUCAGUGUGGCCGAGCUGCGGCAGCGCCUCCUGCACUUGGCCACCAAGAACGCCGUCAGCGCGGCCUGGUUCCCCGAGGAGCAGCGGCUGCAGACGCCCAGCAGCGUGGUGGGGCUGCCCGCCCGGCUGGGCCCAGGCGAGGAGCUGCUGUGCCGCUCAGUGUGGUCAGCACACUCGGGGCCCACCUGGCACGCCACAGCCGUGGCUCGCUGCGCCGGCACCGAGGAGCUGCUGGGCUGCUCCAGCUUCUCACACAGCGGCCGGCGGCUGGGCGAGCACAUGGAGGACAAGGAGGGGCGGAAGCAGUGUGUGGCCCACAGCGCCUUCGGGGGCCGAGAGGUCUACGCCGUCGCCAGGUGCUGCACGUGGCCCCGUGCCCAGUGCUGGCUCAACGCCAGCUCACAGGGCAAUGAUGGGGCCGGCUGCUCCGCGCAGGACCACGUGCUGACCGGCUGCAGCUUCCACUCCCCUGUGGCCAUGCUGGGUGAUGGCGGCAGGCCCGUGCUGGGGCCGGGCAGCAGGCCUGGUGGCUGCAUGGCGAGGCCGGAGGGCACAGCGCACUCAUCCUGCUGCCCUGCUGCCAUGCUGGAGUGCCGCGUGAAGGAGCACGUGCCCCGGGGCCCCGCAGAGAAGGUGACGGUGUCCUGUGACGCUGGCUGGACGCUGACGGGCUGCAGCGCUCACUCGCAGGGCCCUGGCACCUUGGGGUCCUACGCUGUGGAUGACACCUGUGUUGCAGCCAGCAUUCCUGGCAGCCAGGCACCUGUGGCUGUCGCCAUUUGCUGCCGGAGCCGGCAAUAGGGAUGGGCUGACCACACCGUUGUGCAGGGCCCGGCUGGUGGCAGGGCAUGGCAAUGCCACGGAGCCCGUCACGGCCUGGCUGAGCCCCACAGUAUGAGCAUAGGCAGCUUGCUGGGCCCUGCCACCAUUUCCCCACCACAUCCCUGUACAUACACUGACUGUAUAGGUUGUUUGUGCUACCAUGCAGCUCCUACCUUUAUAGAAAGCCCAUGGUGUAGGUUGCUCCCUUCUGUCUUUAGUUUUCAGCUAAUUGAUGCAACAUAGUUGAGCUGUUUUGAGGUGGUUUGAAAACUGCCUACUCAGGUACCCGGGAGAUUUCUUUACUUUUCAGCCACUUCAAGGCUCCUUGUUUUAAUUCUGCUUGUUUAAUUAGAUUUUAGCUUGCAUUGCUGCUCUGUUAGCGUAGUUUUUGUUGCUGGAGUUAAUGACCUGCUGGUGUUCCACUCUGCUGUAACAGUUCCCUUCCACAGCUCCCCAUGUCACGCAGACCCAGCUGCACUUCCUUCUUGAAAAAAAAACCUCAUCUUUUGUAGCACUCGUUUGUACAUUUGCACUUUCAAUAUUUAUUUGGAGUUUUAUAAAUAAACCUUUUAUAGAUGUCUUCUAAAAAUAAAAUUCGUAGAGCAGCGCUCAGCAGAUACAA